CUUUUCUGCAGCGUAAUUAAAAAACCAUCGACGGGCAGCUUAUCUUAUGGUUUUUAAAUGCAACAAUGUCACCCCCAAAAGCAAGAAAAAGUAUAACAAGUCUUUGGAUGACGUGCGACAGAUGCCAAGCUAUUUUAUCACAAAGGGACACUGCAGUCCACGAAAAAAAUUGUCCACCCACGGAGCCAUUUGACCAUGAAUUCAUCAAAAAUGGUGUCUUGCACAGCAAUAUAGAAGCAUAUAAAUCCACAGAAUUUCCAAAACAUGUCAGCCAAAGAGAUACGAACUACAUGGUGUUCUUGUCCGAGUCUGCAAUGCAAUUGUGUGAAAUUCCCAUUGGCAAUCCAGUGCUCGUUACCAAUAAAGAUAACGUAGUUGUCAAAACAGCGUGGCCUUUGAAUGACAAAACCUUGACCACAGUCUGUUUGACGAAAAAUGCCAUGGAGCUCGACAAAAUUGAAGGACCAGCAAAACUGGAAAGGCUCAAAUCAAGUCCCUUUGUGGCCAACGAAAUAUUCAUCGAACCCAUUGGAAAGAACUGUAUAGAAAGCAUGACGACGGAACUAAAUGUAAUGAUAAAAAAUUACAACCACGACAAAAUACUGGCCAUUGGUAACAGAAUAAGCAUUCCAUACUACGGGAAGAAGUUGAUUUACAAAAUAACAAACGUCGAGACCGACGAAGGAUUGUCGGAUCAGCUUUCGAGGAUGAAUAUCACCCAAGGCCACAGUCCACACAAGAAUGUGUUCAUCGCUCGAUACUCAACCAGGUGGACCAUUGACACAAGUGAGAAGGAAAGGAAGACACUAAAGCAAAACAAACACAGGCUGGAGUGCGUUGGUGGCUACAAGAGCCUGAUAAAAGACUUGAUCGACGUUCUCAGCAUCGGACUCGGCAAACACGGCAACCUGCAGGAUUUCCACAUAAGCCGGGGCGUUCUGCUGUGCGGUCCCCCAGGUGUGGGCAAAUCUAUGCUCUCCGAGGCUCUCUUGGCAGAGCUCAGAGCCUUUGUCGUCAGCCUCAGCUCUUCCGACGUUCACAGCAAAAGCUCCAAAGACGCGGAAGCCGUGCUUACCUCAAAGUUCAACGAAGCCUUUGAAAACGAGCCGUCCAUCAUCUUUAUUGAAGACAUUGACAACUUGUGCCCCAAGAAAAACACCUCCGCGACUGACAGCGAGAGACGAGUGCUGGUAGCUCUGUCAAUGCUCUUCGAUAGCUUGCAAAAUCACGAGAACGUCGUGGUUCUGGCGGUGACCUCGAAACCGGACUUGCUUGACGCAUCUCUGAGGCGACCCGGUCGCAUAGACAAGGAGUUCGAGAUGCCGGUACCCACGAGCCAAAUACGCAGGGAGAUCAUUCUGAAGAUUAUCGAGAAAAUGCCCCACAGCCUCAGCCCAGGCGACGUGGACGACAUCGCCUACGACACCCACGGUUUCGUGGGGGCAGAUUUGCACGGGCUGGCUUCCCAGGCAGCGAUGAAGGCCAUCAAAAGGAAAAUCCACUCGCCGGAGACCGACGCCGAGGUGAUGGUCAGCAGGGGCGACUUUGACUACGCGCUCACCGUCGUCGGUCCGUCAGCGAUCAAGGAGGUCCUGAUCGACGUCCCCAACGUCAAGUGGUCCGACAUCGGAGGCAUGGAAAACCUCAAGCUUAAACUCAAGCAGUCGGUCGAGUGGCCCUUAAAACACGCCGAUAGCUUCAAGACCAUCGGCAUCGCGCCACCAAGGGGCGUUUUGCUGUACGGGCCUCCCGGAUGCUCCAAGACGAUGAUCGCCAAGGCCCUGGCUACAGAGAGCAAAUUAAACUUUUUGAACAUCAAGGGACCAGAGCUGUUUUCCAAGUGGGUGGGCGACUCGGAGAAGGCUGUGAGGGACCUUUUCAAAAAGGCGCGGCAAGUGGCUCCGUCGAUCAUUUUCAUCGACGAGAUCGACGCCUUGGGCGGGGAAAGAAGUACCUCCUCCAAAAGUGGAGGUAACAGCGUGCAGGAGAGAGUUUUGACGCAACUGCUGACGGAACUCGAUGGCGUGACGUCCCGAGGAAACGUCACCUUGGUGGCCGCUACAAAUCGACCGGACAGAAUAGACAAGGCUCUGCUUCGACCUGGGCGUUUCGACAGGCUGAUUUACGUUCCUCUGCCAGACUCGUUCACUCGCCAGAAAAUAUUCGAGGUGUACUUCCGAAAAAUGGCUGUUAGCAAAGAGGUGGACGUUAACGAUUUGGUCUAUCUGACGGAUGGUUACUCUGGCGCGGAAAUACAAGCGAUUUGCAACGAGGCCGGCAUGAAGGCUCUCGAGGAUAAUGUCAACGCCAAAGAAAUCACCAAAGAGCACUUUGCCGCAGCUCUGACUCUGGUGAACCCGAGAACACACCCAGAUUUACUCAGGAUUUACGAGUGCUUUGAGAGAAAUAAAAAUUCUUAGCUAGCAGUUCUGCAGUAAAUCCAGCAGGAAUUUCGUGGAACGUCCUGCAUGGUGAAACUGAAGGGCUCCAAUAGUUUAUCAGAACAUGGUAAUACAUCAUUGACAGAGACGCCACAAAUACCCUGUAGUAUUUACAGAGGAAACUUUGAUGUAGGCUAGGAUAAAGGGUCCAAACUAAGAUUUUCAUACAAAUAGGUUUAAUGCGAUUUUUACUUUUGUGCAAAAUACUAUUAAUAAAAAUUAGGUGCUAUUCA